AUGAAUUAAGCAUAAUAAUAAACAUAAGAUGAAAAUCCAUUUUAAUUUGAGUUAGAUUCUAAAAAGUUUCUGUAAAAAUUAGAGAAAGAAAGAAAUUCUGGAUAUAAUGAUGAUGAUGAAGAAUAAAAAUAAGUUCCACAUACUUAAAAAUUAUAUUAAACAAGUGCAAAGUCAACAAGAUUUGGACUGUUAUAAAAAUUAGAAGAUUAAAGUAUAAUUUGAAUUAUAUAAAAUAAUAGCAAAUAAAUUAGCAUAAGAGAGAGAUGAAAUGUUUGCAAAUGAAGCUAAAAUGAGGGAUCCAAAUUAACCAUAGAAAAUAGAUGAAAUAGCUUAACAUAUAAAACAUUUUAAUCCAAAAUUAAUGGACUAUAGAGAUGAUGAAGCUAGAAAAACAAUAUAUGGAAAAGAAGAUAAAAAGAAAGAUUUUGAAUUAUAGGAGAUGAAGAAGAAAAAAUAUAGAAUAAAAUCAAUAUUAAGAGAGAAGAGAGAAACAAUAACAGAUUUUAUAGAAAAGAAGAGAGAAAUAUGUUUAGCAAAUUUAAAUAUAAUGACAAAGAAGGAAGAAACAGAAAGAUUAGAAGAUUUUAUAAAGAAUGAAUAAGAAUCAUUAAGAGCAAGAAGAUUAUAUUUUAAAAAUGAUUGUGAAUUAGUAAAAAAGUUUAUGAAUGAAGUAAAAUAUUAAGCAGAUUAAGCUGCAUUUUAAGCAGACAGAGAAACAAAAAAGAAAGAUGAAGUAAAAACAGAGGUUGCUAAAAUAUUAGCAUAAAUAGAUAGAUUAAAAUUAUAGAAGACAAAAUAUGGAGAGGAAUUUGAAAAGUUGGAUAAAUAUAGAUAAUUUUUAGAGAAGAUAAAAGUAAAUAUAAAUUAUAAUAUUAUUAAAAUUAGGAUACAUAUAAGACAAAAUUUUCAGAGUUUGAGAAGAAAGAUAUAAAUUUAUUUUAAAAUUAAUAGAAUGAAUAGAAGAAUUAGUUUUUUGUAACUGGAGUAGAUUAGAGAGAAGAAUAGAAAUAAACUUAAGAAUAAAUAGAAGCAGAGAGAUAAUAAGAGAGGAUGGCAGAUUUAGUAAUUGAAAUAUUGAAUAAUAUAGAAGAGGGAAAUUUAAGAAAUAUAUAAAAUUAAAGAGAUGCAGAAGAAGAUAUAGAAUAGAAGAAAAGAGAAUUAGAGAAAUUAGAAUAGAAGUUAAGAAAUGAAUAGGAUGAACAUAUGGAGAUGUUAAAAGCAGAAGAGAGAAAGUUGAAAGCAUAAUUGAAGAUAUAAAGUUAAUUAAAAGAUUAAGAGAAAGUGGAUUAAACUAAAUUAUAAUUUGCAGAAGGAGAAGAUUUAGAUAUGGAUAAAAUAGGAAAGAAAAUAAUUGAAAUUUAAUAGGAAGCUACAAAGAAUUAGGAUAUAAUGGGGAAAAGAUUAUAGAUAGAUUCAAAAGUGAUAAAAUAGGUUAUAAAUGUAAUUAAAAAUUGAAAUAUAUAGUAAUUAGAAAAGAUAGUGAUUGAUUUAUCGGAAUCUAAAUUGUAAUUUUUAUUAAGAACAAAGACAGAUUUUAUCGAGGCAGAGAAAAAGAUAAAGAAGGAGAAACAGUAGUAGAGAUUAAAUAAUUAGAAGGAUGAAGAGAAAAAGAAAUAAAUAAUGGAGAGAAGAAAUAAGAAGGAGGAACAUUUAUAAAAGUUUUAUAAGGGAAGACAUGAUAUGAAAAGGAAUUAUAAAUAAGAGAAACCUGUAGUAGAGACAGAAGAAACAGAAACUGAUUAAAAUGAUGAUGAGAAAUAUUUAAGAGAAUCAUAUGAAUUGGUUUAUGUUCCUCCUUAGUAAAAAUCUCAUAAUUAAUAAUAAUCAAAUGAAUUAAACAUAAAAUAGAAUGACAGAUAAUAAUGA